GAUAUUUAAAAUGAGUUCACCGAGUGCAAACAAUUUCCAUCGGUCAUCGUCUAGGAUUGACCGGCUGUCUAAGCCGUUGGCAAGAUUGCAAAAACCGCUGGUUCGACCAAAUGCCAUUUUACGAAAAGUUGAUAACCAGAUUCCACGAUGUAAAAAGGGCCUUAAUUUUUUCAAAAAAGAAAUAAAAGUUGUAAAUCCACCACCUCAACUUGCAAAAACCGAAUCCGGUGUUACUCGUGCAGCUCUGAAAUACGAGGCGUCAGAAAACAUCAAGAGAUUGGCCAAACACCGGCCAACAUUGAGAGUAGUCGACGAUAAAAAGAGCUUUUCAGUAGCACCAUCGUCACUCAAUUAUAAACCGUCUCUUCGAAUAGAUCAACUGUCUAAGCCCCGGAUCCGCGUAAUGAAGAAAUGAUCAUUGUUUAAAAUUGUAUUAUUGUUAUUAGUAGUAUGAAAUAGCUUGUUCUGGAUCCCCCCUCCCGGCUUCAGCCUCCUAGUACCUUACCGUCCACCCAGUUUCUCCCUCCCCCUGCUCCCCCAGCCAAUACUUUGGCUCUCUACUCACUCCCUCUGCCAAUACUGUAGCUCCCCCAGACAACCUCAAACAACUAAUAUAUA